AAUCAUUAAGGAAGGAAGGAAUGUGCCUGCCUGACUUAGACAACCGUGACUCGGCAUCGAGCUACGCGACCGACACACUCGACGAAGUAGCUAUCGAGUCGGCUCGGCAGUCGACACGCGAUCGCGUACAUGAUGAUGGGAGUCGCAAGAGGAACGUUGAAGAAGAUUACCAGUCCGUUAGUGGCGGUUUGUUUUGUACCGGCUGGUUAACCGCCCCAAUCGAACCGAGCGUCGCAGUCGCUUAACCGUGGUUGAGUUUGGAGCUGAGAGUGGCGGAGAGAGCGGUAUAAAAUGGAGGUGGGCUUACUCGCAUUUUGAUCUCUCUGCUUUCCCUUUCUCCGUAAGAUGGGACGCCGCCUAUCGUUCCUGGUUCUCGGGCUCUUCGUGCUCGUAAUUGGUGACACCGUCUGCGCCUCAAGGGCUGGAGCAGUGGCGCCGACCUCUAGGGGCCUGAGAGCUUCUGCAGCUUACGAGUCGUUGUCUCUCACAGCAAAGAGUGUCGCCGAGCGUCAAGCGGUGGUGGGAGCGGUCGACGAUCCGGACCUGGUCGCGUCUGAGGUACACAUAAUGAUACAGAACAGCACAGCUCGCCGCAACCUCGGCUACUUGUCGUGCUCCACUGGCAACCCCAUCGACGACUGCUGGCGCUGUGACCCUGAAUGGCAUCAAAACCGUAAGCGCUUGGCCGAUUGCGGGAUCGGCUUUGGUCGCAACGCGCUCGGCGGUCGGGACGGUGAGGUCUACGUAGUGACCGACCCCGGGGACGACGACCCUGUGAACCCGCGGCCGGGCACCCUCCGCUACGCCGUCAUCCAAGAGGAGCCCCUCUGGAUCGUGUUUGAGCGCGACAUGGUGAUCACCCUCACCCAGGAGCUCAUCAUGAACAGCUUCAAGACCAUCGACGGGCGCGGCGCCAACGUGCACAUCGCCAAUGGCGCCUGCGUCACCAUCCAGUUUGUUACCAACAUCAUCAUUCAUGGUCUCCACAUCCACGACUGUAAGCCCACCGGCAACGCUAUGGUCCGUAGCUCCCCCUCCCACUACGGCUGGCGCACCAUGGCCGACGGCGACGGGGUGUCCAUCUUCGGGGCCAGCCACAUCUGGGUCGACCACAACUCUCUCUCCAACUGCGCCGAUGGCCUUGUCGACGCCGUUAUGGGUUCCACUGCCAUUACCAUAUCGAACAAUUACCUCACCCACCAUAACGAGGUGAUGCUGUUGGGCCAUAGUGAUUCUUAUGUGAGGGACAAAAUUAUGCAAGUUACCAUCGCCUACAACCAUUUUGGAGAAGGUUUAAUUCAGAGAAUGCCAAGGUGCAGGCACGGCUACUUCCAUGUGGUGAACAAUGACUACACGCACUGGGAGAUGUAUGCCAUUGGUGGCAGUGCUGAUCCGACCAUUAACAGCCAAGGCAACAGAUACCUUGCUCCGACCAACCGUUUCGCUAAGGAGGUAACCAAGAGAGUUGAUACAGAUUCAAGUGUGUGGAAGAGUUGGAACUGGAGAUCAGAGGGCGACAUGCUGCUGAAUGGAGCCUACUUCACCCCCUCCGGGGCUGGAGCCUCUGCGAGCUAUGCGAAGGCGUCAAGCCUUGGAGCAAAGUCUUCCUCCAUGGUUGGCUCCAUCACUGUUGAUGCAGGCGCCCUGCGCUGUCGGAAGGGUGUUCAAUGCUGACAUUUCAAGACAAACUAAAGAGAAAAAGUCAAGAAAAAGUAUUCUUAGAAACCGUGAUUUGAUAUUCGUUUAGGUUUUGUAUUGUUGUAAUGAAUCAUAGUGAGUUGCAGUAAUCGUUUUACCCGUUGUCAACCUCCCCUGUUUCCAUUGUAAGGGUGUCUAUGGAGCUGGAGGAAGCGUUGCUGAUUCGUUGUCGUUUGUCCGUUCCUUUUAUUUUUCACUCCUGCAGCCCAUGACCUCUUUCUAUUUGGAGCAUUUGAGCAUUGAUUUGAAGUUUAAAUAGGAUUGAUGGUGUAUUUGAGUGUUGUAAUUGAUUCUAUUCAACAGAAUUAUUGUGUAUAACAUUUCCACUUACGUUUAAA